CACAAAGCAGGGUAAUAGCCAGCACAACACAAUGGCUUCUAAUAUCCAAACUCUGCUUGUGCUUGUUCUGGCAACAUUGGGAACAUUUAUGAUCCCUUCCAAUGCACAGCUUACUCCUAAUUUCUAUAAGAAAGUUUGUCCCCAGGCAUUGCCAAUCAUAAGGUCUGUCGUUCACCGAGCAAUUAUUCGUGAACGACGCAUUGGAGCCUCCUUGCUGCGUUUGCAUUUCCAUGACUGCUUUGUUAAUGGUUGUGAUGGAUCAGUUCUACUGGAUGACACGCACAACUUCACUGGCGAGAAAACAGCCCUACCUAAUCUGAAUUCAAUAAGAGGUUUGGAAGUGGUUGAUGAGAUUAAGGCAGCGGUUGACAAAGCUUGCAACCGUCCUGCUGUAUCAUGUGCAGAUAUCUUAGCUAUAGCUGCUCGUGAUUCUGUGGCCAUAUUAGGGGGUCCACACCUAUGGUACGGCGUAUUACUAGGCAGAAGAGACGCGAGAACAGCAAGCAAGGAUGCUGCAAACGCCAAUCUCCCUCCUCCAUUUUUCAACUUCUCACAGCUUCUCUCCAACUUCAACUCUCACGGAUUAGACCUCAAAGAUCUUGUGGCACUCUCUGGUGGCCACACCAUAGGGUUUGCAAGGUGCACUACCUUCAGGGACCGCAUCUACAACGACACCAUGGCCAACAUAAACCCUACUUUUGCAGCCUCUUUGAGGAAAACAUGCCCUAGAGUUGGCGGUGACAACAACUUGGCACCGUUGGAUCCAACUCCUGCAACGGUUGACACUUCAUACUUCAAGGAAUUGCUGUGCAAAAAGGGUCUCCUUCAUUCGGAUCAAGAACUCUACAAGGGAAAUGGCAGUGAAAGUGACAAGUUGGUGGAGCUUUAUAGCAGGAACCCUUUUGCAUUUGCUAGAGAUUUCAAGGCUUCUAUGAUCAAGAUGGGUAACAUGAAGCCUCUCACAGGGAACAAAGGAGAGAUCAGACGCAACUGCAGAAGAGUUAAUUAAUUAAUGUUGUUGGGAUGGACCACAAUAAAGAUUGAAAAAUUAAGAGAUUAAGAGUAUUAUUAUUAUAUGUCAAGUGAAUCAAGCCAUGCUUGCCAUGUAUUAUUUUUUAACUGUGUGUGAUUGUUAUUUUAUAUUUUCUUGUACUAAAAUAUUAAUGUGUUAGGUUCAAAUAAUGUUGAACCAAAAGUUUCAAAAAGAAAUCAGCUAAAGAAUAAAGGUCACAUGUUAAUUAGA